AUGACAGAGUCAAGACCUUAUUAUAUUCCUUCUUGUAUUGCAUAUUAAUUACUUAGCAACCUCAUCGAAGUCUAAUACUAAACGAUAAAAUAUUAAUCAAUAUAAUUAUGAAGCUAUACUUUCUCAUUUUAGUCAAAAUAAGAGUAAUUCUAAUAAAAUUACAAAAAAUCCAUCAACUAUAAUUUAAUAUGACAAAUUUUAUGUUCAAUAAUUGUAAUAAUAAAUAACAGAUUUAAAAGAACAAGUUAAUUAUUUAGUUUUAGAAAAUUAGAGAUUGCAAUAAAAACAAGAUAAUUCAUUAAAAGUAUUAAAAUUGUUUAGAUUUUUAGAGGAUAAAAGAACAAUAUUAAUAAUUAACUAAAUUUAGUAAUGUCAUACAAUUAGUUUAGCAAUUAAAAAUAGAAAAUCUAGCUCUUAAAUAAAAUGUUUAAUCUCUUAAGCUAGAUUUUAAUAUCCAAAUAUAUCCAUUGAAAUAAUUGUAUCAUCAUAUCAUUUAAAUACCAAAAUAAUAAAUUAAUGACAUUCUGUAAUUGAGAUUAGAAUAGCAAGAAUGUAUAAAAUAUAUAUUAUAAUUAUAGCUUUAAUAUCUCAAUAGAAAUGCAAAGUUGAGGUUCUCAAUAUAGAACGUACAUAACUAUUGGAAUUAUGUUCAAAAUAAGAAGGAGAAUUUAUUUCAUAUAUACAAAAUAAAAUUUCCACCUGA